CGACAUUCAUCACGAGAUGGGUUUUGCCGAAAUCAUUUAUUAUAACAGCAUGGUCCAAGAUGUAUAUUCUAAAUAGAAGCCAAGGAGCAAAGAAGUCAAGUUUGCUAAGCGGCAAUGUUAAGCGUGGCCUCAUUUUAGAAAUCUCCGGCCUUGAAGAGUUCAUGAGAUAUAUUAGCGUUCGAGAUAACAGUCUAACGUGCUUCAUGGGAUUAAACAAAAUUGGUUUGCACAUAACGACCGUUAUGUGCUUAUUUCUAUGCAGCAAUGCCAUCGUCUACUACUUGCUCCGGAAAUACGCCCCCGAGUCUGAGCUCUACCCGGCUUCCAUCAAGAUUCGCACUCGCAUAGACCAAAUUCUCUCUGCAGUUGUCACUACAAUCCACAAUGCGACGAUAGACACCUUCCGUCCUCUAAUCAGUCGCAAGACCAAGCCGACGCCCGAAGAGAUUGCGGCAUUAGAAGAGAAUAUCGUCAUUGGGCUGGAACACCUGAUCGGUGACGGCAAGUUCGCGGCUGGCGACACCUUCACCAUCGCCGACAUGGCAUUGGCCGGACGCCUCCCUGUAGCACUCGAGACCAACUUUGUCAACCCUUCGAAGUUUCCAAAGCUGGCAAGCUACUACGACCGUAUCAAGCGUGAGCAGCCUUAUUUUGAGGAAAUUUACAAGCCCGCCAUAGACAAGUUCAAGGGGCUGUUGGCUGAUCUGAAAUAGUCUCAGACAGGUUAAUAAAGUGCGUGGCGG